UUUUCGGUCGCAUUUGCCAGUCAGGCGUGUAAAGAAGCAACGUCAAACCCCCACAGACGACAGCCCCAUCAAUCCCCUCUCUCCUUCUUCUCUCUGUUCUGUCUGUAACUUCCCUCAUUAAAUUCUCUCUGCUUAAUUCAUUCCUCUUUCUUCCUUCGAUUCUUCCGUCAUCCUCUCUUCAUAGUCAACCUUCUUUCCAAUCCAAUCUGAACUUCUCCAUUUCUUCACCAGCCAACAGGUUUGUUCGAGAAAUCUGGGGCGGAGACGGCCAUGGCUCAUAAGGUAGACCACGAGUAUGACUAUCUGUUCAAGAUUGUUCUGAUCGGGGAUUCUGGCGUCGGCAAGUCCAACAUUCUUUCUAGAUUUACCAGAAAUGAGUUCUGCUUGGAGUCCAAAUCCACCAUUGGUGUUGAGUUCUCCACCAGGACUCUCGAGGUAGAAGGUAAGACAGUCAAGGCUCAGAUCUGGGACACAGCGGGUCAGGAACGAUACCGUGCCAUUACGAGUGCAUACUAUAGGGGAGCUGUGGGUGCUCUCCUCGUUUAUGAUCUCACAAAGAGACAGACUUUCGAUAAUGUGCAAAGGUGGCUUCGAGAGCUGAGAGAUCAUGCAGAUUCUAACAUUGUGAUUGUGAUGAUAGGAAACAAAUCCGACCUAAAUCAUCUAAGAGCUGUCUCAGAGGAUGAUGGACAGGCCAUGGCUGAGAAGGAAGGCCUUUCAUUUAUCGAGACAUCGGCUUUGGACGCCACUAACAUUGACAAGGCAUUCCAUACCAUCUUGACAGAGAUCUACCAUAUCAUCAGCAAAAAGGCAUUGGCAGCCCAGGAAGCAGCUGCGAGUGUCCCCCAUCCUGGUCAAGGAACCACCAUCAACGUGACCGAAACUUCUGGGGACUCGAACAGAAGGGGUUGCUGCUCAUCUUGAGGCGUCACAGAAAGAUAGAACUGAUAGUUCACAUCAAAGGUUUCUCUCGUGUUUCUCUUUUCAUAAUUGAUCUGUUGUUUUUGAUCUUCUUCCGGAUUUGGAGAAACUAGGAAAAUGUAGUGUAUUAUCAUUCAUAGCGGGCAUGUAGAAUGAAUAUAUCUCACCCGAUCCCUCUCUCUUGAUCCACUGUGUUAGUUCUUUUCAGCAGUUACAAUUUUUUUACCUUGUUCCCUUUUACUUACCCAUUCAUAUAACAAUUACUUGGGAAAUUUGAUCUGUAUUUGUUCUCCAUUUUCAACU